CGCGGAGGAGGCGGCGGCGGCGGAAGAGGGCGGAGGGUAGUGGGAUGGGGGUCCCGCGGCAGCGCUGAAACUCCGGGUGGGCGUCCAUGGCGCUGCUGCGGUGACAGGGCUGCGCACAGCCAGCCUUCCGCUCGCACCAGCUCUGCGUCGGAGAAGCCGGUCCGUCCCCGGGGAGCCAGUUCCUCCCCGGGCCCCUGAGCCAUGCCCAUCGCGGCCGCCCCAGACGAGCCAGGUAUCAAUUAAUUAUUUGCGAACCAACUCAGCAAUGGAGCCAGACAUCAUUCGAAUGUACUCUUCAUCCCCACCACCACUAGACAAUGGAGCAGAGGAGGACGACGAUGAUGAAUUUGGGGAGUUUGGUGGGUUUUCAGAAGUUAGCCCUUCUGGUGUAGGUUUUGUUGAUUUUGAUACACCAGAUUAUACUCGUCCCAAGGAAGAGUUUGUACCUUCAAACCAUUUUAUGCCAAUUUGCAAUUUCUCAGAAAACGUAGAUGGCCUUACAAGCUUUAAGUCUAUUAAAAAUGGAAAUGAUAAGGAUAUCACUGCUGAAUCUUCUCCUGUGAAAGGACAAUCUGAUGUUUUGCUUUCUACCACCAGCAAAGAAAUAAUUGCAUCUGAAACUUUAGAUUGUUCUGAAAGCCCAGGAGUUUUAAAUAAAGUCAUAGAGCAGAGACAGAAUGUUGGAACACCAGAAAGUUUCUUUCCAGGAGAUUUUAGAACUGAUGAGAAUGUUGUUCAUCAAAACAUGCAGUUAGAGAGCUGCAAUGGUGAAAAGCCGCCCUGUCUGGAGAUUUUGACAAAUGGGUUUGCAGGGCUGGAAAGUGUAAAUCCUCAGGGAACCGAUGAUCUGGACAGCGGAGCCCAUUCAGAGGGACGGAAGCCUCUUAGCACUCAUGGCUCUAGUAACGGAGACUCUGCGCUGAGACCUGCUGAUGAAUUCGCAGAUUUUGCCACAUUUUCCAAACAGGAAAGAAUACAACUUGAAGAAAUAGGAUGUGUAGUCUUAAAUGAUAGAAAAGCACUAACUAUUCAGGAAAACAAUAAAAUUAACAGAGCCAGUGAACUGAAUUCUGUACAGCUCUCUUUGAGUAGAAGCUGUGACAAUAAAGGAGACUCUGAUGGGGAGGACCAGGUUUGUGUUUCAGAAAUAAGUGUCAUGGCUAGCAGAGGUUUCAGUGUUGAGCAACCAGGACUUCCAGCUUUGCAGCAGGAUGAGUUUUUAAAUUCAGAUAUUGAAACAAAGACAUGGAGUUUGGUAGACUCGGCUGAUGGUUCAGAAGUCAUCAGGAGAGAGCAAUGUAAAGCUGAAGAGAGACGUGAUUUGUCUAACACUAAAUGUGAUGACCUGUCCAUGGAUUCUAUUAAAAUUUCUGAUGCUGGGGAUUCAGUUGGUUUUUCCAAAGAAGAAAGUAGGAAGUUUACUAAUUUUGAAAGCUUGAACAUUGAUCCCACUGAAGAAAAUGUUUUGGAUGAUUCUGUAAAAAAUGGUGAUAGUAGUAAUGAUUUUGUGACUUGUAACGACACCAAUGAGGAUGAUUUUGGUGACUUUGGCACAGCCAGUGGCACAACUCCACCUUAUGUUACUGGUACUCAAGACUCAAUGAGUGACGUCACUUUUGAAGAGUCUUCAGAGCACUUUCCACAUUUUAGUGAACCAGGUGAUGACUUUGGAGAAUUUGGGGAUACAAAUACUGUUUCUUGCCAAGAGGAAAUGAUAUUUACUGAGUCAAACCUAAGACAAACUUCUGACAGUUUAUCAGAGGGAUGUCAGUUGGCAAGAGAGUCUGGUGGACCAGGUACUGAACCUGUUUUAAAACUGAAAAAUGGGCAAGAAGGUGAGUUUGGAGAUUUUGAUUCUGGGCCAGAUACCCAGGAGGCCUACAGUGCUUUUCAAGACUCGGAUGAUUUUGCAGACUUCAGUUCAGCUGGGCCUAGCCAAGCUGCAGACUGGAAUGCUUUUGAGAAUGAAGAAAAAGAUGGUUGUUCUUGGGCUGCUUUUGGAGACCAGCCGACUACAGAAGCUCAUCAUCGAAAGGAAGCGUGGCACUCACAUAGGACAGAUGAAAAUCCUGGCACUCCAAGAACCCCGAGAAUGCACAGUGUCCCUUUGGCCACUGCCAAAGGAGCAGUUGCUGGUGGCCAUUUACAGGAAUCAGCCACUUCAGUUCAGACAGCUUUACUAAACCGCCUGGAGCGCAUUUUCGAAGCAUGCUUCCCUUCCAUAUUUGUCCCUGAUGCUGAAGAGGAAGUUACUUCCCUGAAGCACUUGCUGGACACAAGCACCCUGCCAGUAAAAACAAGAGAGGCCUUAGCUGAAAGUGGGGAACUGUUGGAUGUGUGGACUGAGCUGCAGGACAUCCAUGACGCACAUGGCUUGAGAUACCAGUGGGGUGGCUCCCACAGCAACAAGAAGCUUUUGUGCUCCUUGGGAAUAGACACGCGAAACAUUCUCUUCACAGGCAAUAAGAAGCAACCCGUUAUAGUACCCAUGUAUGCAGCAGGAUUGGGUAUGUUAGAGCCUACCAAGGAACCAUUGAAACCACUAUCUGCUGCAGAAAAAAUCGCUUCCAUUGGUCAGACAGCCACCAUGUCACCAGAGAUGAACACAUGUACAUCUGGUCAGUUCCAGGAGUGUCUACCACCCGUCCAGUUUGACUGGAGUAGCAGUGGCCUUACUAACCCUUUAGAUGCGAGUGGAGGUUCCACUCUUCUGAACCUUGAUUUCUUUGGGCCCGUGGAUGACAGUAGCUCUAGCAGCAGCACCACAAUCCCAGGUGUGGAUCCAGAGUUGUAUGAGUUAACAACCUCUAAGCUGGACAUCUCCGCCUCGAGCCUCAAGGUGACGGAUGCGUUCGCAAGACUCAUGUCCACGGUGGAGAAGACAAGCACAUCUACCAGUAGGAAACCGAAAAGAGAAGAGCACUUAAGUGCAGAAGCUCUCAAGGUGAUCGCCAGCCUUCCCGACCUGACCUUCAUGCAUGCCAAGGUGUUGAUGUUCCCGGCCACGCUGACGCCCUCCACGGGCUCCCAGGGCAAGGCGGACUGAGGACUGGGGGCACGUGCCCUCCUGUCCUCCAGCCCCUCUCUACCAUCUAAAGCAUACUUGCUGUAAUUAAAAAGAAAAAAUCAAAUUCAGCUGAUUUGUUGGUAAGCCGCACUAGAAAGGUAUACAUAGUAAUGUAUAUUUAUUUACAUACUGAAGUCCUAAAUUUAUAUUAGAAGAAAAUGUAAAUAAUUGGGGGUGAACAUUUUUGAAGAUUUAUUCUUUUUGUGUUGCUGGGGUGUAUACAUUUAUGUCUUUGUGAAAUACACUGGUGGUGUCCUUCUUACAAACCUUUUGAAAUAAAAAUGUCAAAGCAUCUCCAUUGUCUAUGAAACCUCUCAGUCCUUUCAAACUGCAUUGACUGUCCUCUUCAAUUUUCCUAUCUUAUGUUGAAUGAUUUUGCUAUCAUCAGUAUGCCCCAAAGUCUGUUUAAAUUUUCCCCCUUUAGUUUUUGCGUGUGAUGGGUUUGUUGCAGAUCUGGUUUGUGUUAGCGUUUUGGGCUCUUUUCUAAUCCCGUCAGUCUGGCAUACUGUUUGACCUUUGUGAGGUACUGCACCGAUUACCAUAGCUAAGGACGUGGGUCUCGUUAGAGGUUGAUUGGAGAGGGUUAAACACGAUUCUGCCUGUUUUACAUUAGUUUGAUUUGGAGAAGGACCAAAUUAUAUGAAUGUCUUAAAAUGAAAUUUACUUGUUGCCGAUUUUUUGUUCUAUUGUACCACUAUUUUUUGACGAUUUUGCACAGUGUAAAAUGACAUAAUCAUAGAUUGCUAUGGUUUAGGCUGUAAAUACAGU